AAAAGAGAGACGAGUGUUCGGUGAAGCCUACCGACCGGCUAUUUGGAACACGGCCGAUCAGUUCCUUCGGCGCCUUCGCACCGUGGACGUGGACACGCGGACGUCCUUUGUCGCCGAUUUCGUACGCGCGCCUCUGUCCCGAACUGGGUGAAGACGAGACGUCGGGGAAUCCCGCGAAAAAUCGCGCGACGCGUCGUGUUUCCGAAUCGAUGACCGAUCCGAAAGGAUUAGAGCCGAGCUUUGUAAAUCUGCUGCGAAGAAACGAAGUUGAUCGGGAAAAAUGUUUCGUGAGAUAGUUCAGGACAGUUCAUGAUAAGGCCUGGAGUCGGUCGAUUCGUCUCGUUAAAAGUAUCCGGCACGAGGAAGAUAUUCGACAAUAACGCGAAACGAUAUCAGCAGUGGCACAAUGUCGGAGGGUUGCACAAGUUGCAGAGGCGCGAAUUAUGCGAGUGGCACUUUGCAAUUAGGCUCGACUGCCGGUGGCAAUACCGGAAGCUCGUCGCCCACGUCUGGGACGACCUGUACAACUACAAGGAGAGUCCAGGUCCGAGCAAAAGUGUUAUAUGGCACGGGCAAAGCAAUAGCGAACUUGCAAGCGCAGGAAAAAGCGGCCAGACACUGACGAGCCUCAUCCUUUCUUCCCUCUCCUGCGCAUUGUCAUCGAAACCGAGGGAACCGAACGAUAAACCAGAAUCCUACACGAAAAGCCAAACGUCAAAUCACGAAGUAAGAAUUUCCGGCAAACACGAGCAAUCGUUUUUCACAUCAACAAACGCUCCAAGGAGGCGAGUAAAUAUUUCAUCGCACUACAAUUCUUUAACCCUACGGAUCCAAGAAAGCAACGCAAAUACUUCGUACCCUGUCGAAGCAGCGCGCUCGAAAGACGUACAGCAGUUGCUGGGGAAAAAGAUAGAAGAGGUAGCAACGGAUGUGUUACAGCCGAGAGAUUCCGACGGAAUCACGUACAAUCCUGCGAAAGAGACAAAUCAGACAGGAGAUGGAACCCGACAUGAAUUUUUGAACGUCUCGCGCAUUUCUGAAAACUCCGCAGUAACAGAACCGGUGGCGAGAGAAAAGAAAGAUGAAGAAACCAAAAAGACGGAAGAUAAUCUCGAAGAGGGAUCUUCGGCCGGAUCGCUGAAUAAUGCGGGUGUCAAAACUAAUAUUUCGAAAUUGUUGAGCAACGCGAAAAGUAACGCCCCGCAACAAGUAAAGUUUCUUCAAGAACGGAACGGUGGCGUGCAAACAAAUAAUGAUUCUAAUAUCGGUGAUAUUUCGGUGACGAAGGCACACCCUGCUAAAAAAUCGAACGACACCUCGACUCGAGCGACCGAUGCGAUCGCGGAAACGCAGAGCGCCGAAUCGAAAGUCGGCAAUCAAACUCUGAAUGACGUCAAUCAAGAGAACUGGGAAUCCGAGGAAAACGGUCUGAUGGAAGCUGCGAAUUUUGGAUUGCAAGCCAUGCACGAUCUUUAUUAUAUUCAGGAGCCUAAAUUAUAUUCGAUGGGUCUUUAUCUGGAGAGCGAUAAUCCAGCGAGAUACGUAGCGGCGUUUAACGAUCAGUCGGAGGAAGCGAGAGACCUCGCGAGAUUCGGAUACGCGGCCCUUCAAGGUACUACUAUGUUCUUAAAAAAGUUUCCGAAUACAUCGUUGGAGUUACCUUUAUCCCGAAGUAAGCCUACCCAAAGAACCUCGCUGGAACAACAAUGUCCACGAAGGGACCCACCUCGAUGUCCACGGGCUAGCUUAAGAUACAGAACGUCUGACGGUAGCUGCAAUAAUCUGCAAAAUCUCUGGUGGGGUUCCGCGAUGUCUGCGAUGCGGAGAUUUCUUCCACCGGAAUAUGACGACGGCGUUCAGAGCAUUAGGAGGGCGAAGAACGGAAGGGCGCUCCCAAGCGCACGAGACAUCACGACUCUAAUCCAUGAAAACAAGGACGUACCUCUGGCUUCCGUUACUCACAUGCUAAUGCAGUGGGGACAGUUUGUAGAUCACGAUUUGACAGCAACCGGUCAAAGCAGAGGAUUUAAUGGCACAAUACCACGGUGUUGCUUACAAGGAGGCAUCGGUUUUCAAUCGCCAGAGUUCAUGCAUCCGGAGUGUCUUCCGAUAGCAGUAAAUCAGCGCGACAACUUCUAUGGCCCUCUGGGUGUGAGGUGUUUGGAAUUCCUCAGAAGCGGACCGGCUCCUAAAGAGGGCUGUGAAUUUGGCCCAAGAGAACAAUUAACCCAAGUGACCAGUUAUUUGGAUGCCUCCAUGGUUUACAGCAGUAACGCCAUGCACAGUGACAGUCUGAGGAUAUUCCGUAACGGCUUGCUACAACACGGAAGAAUACAAUCGCGAAGACCUUCGUUCCUGAAACGCGAAUCGGAUUUGUGCACACGCGGGUCUCUGUCUACGACUUGCUUCCGGGCCGGCGACGGACGUCUAAGCGAGCAACCUGCUCUCACGUCCCUGCACGUCGUCUUUUUAAGAUUGCACAACAGGAUAGCCACGGAACUAUCCGUCCUGAACUCCCAUUGGAGCGACGAGAAACUUUUUCAAGAAACUCGAAGGCUCGUCGGCGCGGUGGUCCAACAUAUAACUUAUCGAGAGUUCCUGCCGAUCAUUCUUGGCCCUCAGGUGAUGAAAAUCUUUGACCUGGAAGUUCUUAAAAAGGGUUACUACGAAGGGUACGAUCCGACCGUAAAUCCCACCAUUGCAAAUUCAUUUUCUACAGCGGCUUAUCGAUUCGGACACUCCUUGGUCCAGCGGAGUUUUAUUAGGUUUGAUAGCGAUCACAGGCCUAUCUUUAAUAAUGUUUCGAUUCACGACGAGUUCAGCAAUCCUGCGAACCUGGAUACGGCGGGAUCCGUCGAUCGCCUUCUUCUAGGACUAGUGAAUCAACCCUGCCAAAGGCGGGACGAAUUCAUAACCGAAGAAAUAACGAAUCAUCUUUUUCAAACGCCCGGUUUCGCAUUCGGCAUGGAUCUCGCCUCUAUCAAUAUUCAGCGGGGAAGAGAUCACGGUUUACCGCCUUACGUGCGAUGGCGCGAGCCUUGUGGCCUGUCCCCAAUAAAAACCUUCGAGGAUCUUGACAGAGUGAUGUCGCCAAGCAUCACGAGAAAAUUUAGAUCGCUAUACUCGUCGGUGGAGGAUAUCGACCUCUACUCAGCUGGUCUGGCGGAGAAAUCAAUGGUUGGCGGCCUGGUCGGUCCGACUUUCGCUUGUAUAAUCGCUCAACAAUUCAGUAAUCUGCGACGUGGCGAUCGAUUCUGGUAUGAGAAUCCCGACAGCGAAAGCAGCUUCACCGCCGGUCAGUUGCAACAGAUCAGACAAGUCAGUUUGGCCCAAAUACUGUGUCGAACGAUGGACGGCAUCAAGACCAUACAACCGUUUGUUUUCCUCGCGGCGGAUGCGUUAAAGAAUCAACGUUUUUCUUGCAAUGAUCCGGCCAUCGGGCAUCUAAACCUCGAAUUCUGGGCCGAACGACCAUCCGAAUUCAUAGGCGACACCGGCAAGUCGCAGAAAGCUAAACGAACAGCAACCAAGACGAGUAGUUCUGUUUCCAGACAAAGAGAGGAGAACAUCAAUACUAAGAAGAAAAAACCUAAUUCCGAAUCGACAAAGGUUGCAACUUCAAAGCCUUUCCAGGAUAGCGUUAACCAACAGAAUAAAAUCGUCCUGAAGAGACCAUUUGGGCGCCCGGACUACAACAAUAACGUCACGAUCGUGGUCCAGAACAACGCUGUAAACGCACCUGUUUUCGUGAACGAGGGUAUUUACGGUUCGCAUAUCAAAUUACAGGAACAGCAGCCUAAACCAAGCUCAAACCUUCACCAUCCUUUAAUAAAUCCUCUGUAUCGACCGCAGGGGAAACCUAUACCGACGACUAUCCCACAUUCACCAAGUUCUUACUUAGCACGUCAGCCAUAUGUUCCCUACACUUUCAGCGAUCCCCAUAAUCCGAAUCCGCUAGCCUACGGAUACAGAUCGCCUGCUUUCGCACAGGAUGACGACGUCGUUUAUGACAACUACUUCGCUAGUAGUCCCAGGCCUACUCUCUACACUUAUUACACGAAUUUCCAGCAGGCAUCUACUACCAAAAUGCCAGAGGUUGACGGUUAUUUGAUUAAUUACGGACUCUUAAAUCAUGACUCACUUCCAACGCAUACUUAUGAAAGACCUAAGCCUCCAGAAAAUUUCGGACACUAUGAAUUAAACGAUGAACAAAAACCGGCGCAGAAACCGAAUUACGGUGGUCCUAAACCUCUGACAAAUAUACAGUUGACCAGACCAAGUUAUGCAUCGAGUGAUGAAUUUUAUACGCACAGACCAAAUUAUGAUGAGUAUAAACCUUUAAUAACCACACGACCGAAUUCUCGACCAAGUUAUGCAUCGAAUGAUGAAUCUCAUCAUACGCACAGACCGAGUUAUGGUGGACAUAAACCUUCAACAACAACCACACGACCGAACUCUCAACCGAAUGUGUAUAUAGUAAAUAAUAUAUCUCAUCAUAUCCACAGACCAAGUUAUGACGGAUAUAGACCUUCAACGACCACGCGACCGAAUUACGUAUCGAAUAGUGAACUUUAUUACACGCACAAACCAAGUUACGAUGGACAUAGACCUUCAACGACCACACGACCGAACUCUCAACCGAAUGUGUAUAUAAUAAAUAAUGAAUCUAAUCAUACCCACAGACCAAGUUACGAUGGACACAGACCUUCGACGACCACGCGACCGAAUUACGUAUUGAAUAACGAACCUUAUCACACAUACAAACCAAGUUACGAUGGACAUAGACCUUCCACGCCGCAAAAUUCCCGACCGAAUUUCGAAUCAAACGAUGAACUGUACAACGGACCAGAUUAUAAUAGACCUAAACCUCCAGGCAACUCGCAAUCAAAUGAUGAUUUGUAUCACGUACAGAGACCAAUUUAUAACGGAUUCAUAAGCUCACUAAACUUGCGGCCAGACAGGCCGAAUCAGGAACCAUAUGGCAUACAAAAACCAAGCAGUGUCGAAAAUUUCCAUUUACAAAACGAUGAUUUGAUUAACAGACCGAAUGAAGGUUAUCCUGCUAAUUCUAAUAAACCACAAUAUCAGGGACAGUGGAACGAUUAUCAGAAGAGACCUAGCGAGAAACCGUAUGAUUACGACGAUCCUGAUGUAUAUCAGAAAAAGCCGAACAAUAAACUAUCAAGUUAUAGCCCUGACAAUUCUCAUCAAAUAUUAUCGACUACGAGGCCAAGUAACGAAUAUAAUUCUCAAUUUUGGAAAAAAGACUCGGUGCAUUCCAUCAAGGAUCCUGUACAAGGUGGACUUUAUGGAUCUGUUCCGAUUUCCGAACGUGAAGGAACAAAUAUUCCUUCUUAUCAAAAAAAUACGCCUACAGAUUCGAGUACUUCGUCUUCUACAAAUAAUAAUUACAAUCGAUACUCUGAUACUACUCCGAUUUAUCAAAAAAUACUGUCGUCCACUCAAAGUAGUUGGACGGAUGUCUCACUCUAUACAAAAGAAAGCAGUACUCAACCUCCUUUUAGCAAAGAUCCGUUUUACAGUUUACUUCUAUCCCACCAGAACCCAACAAUUCACCCGAAUUAUCAAAAAGACGAUCAAUCAAAAUUAUCUUCAAAAGUGUCAGUCGAUAAACUCCCUGUAACUGACUCAUACAAACAUGAUUCUAAAAAUCCCACAAAAUCAUCCAGUUUAAAUGACCAAUUAUUAUCCAGCACUCCGUAUUGGUCAGAAACUUCGACGAUUGGUGUUCAAAUACAUAAACAAGAGGGACAUUUUAAUUCUAAACCAACGAAGGUACAAAGCGUCACAAUCGUCAGCGAAACAAUCGAGACAGUCCAGCAUCCUGGCCAUUCCGGAUACAUAUCUCAACACAAAGCUACUAGCGAAACUCCGAGACCGUUGGCGCAGCCGAAAAAAACCAGCGUACCAGUUACCAAGAAAGCUGGACAGUAUUAUUACGAGAGGAAUGUGUUGCAUCGAUAUCCAGGCGAAGUAGUUGACCAAAUUCCCAAAAAUAAUCACCAUUCGACAGACAGGCCUGAGGAGACACUCGUUCGAGAAAAGGCAUCUGAGAAGAUUGCAGUAGAAGCAUCGGUUACUGUUGGUCCCGUAACGAACUCUAAAGUGAAUCAAAGCAUCGAUAGUAAAUUGACGACGACACCUACGCUCAUGAUUACUGAUCAUGAUAAUCGCAGAGAUGACGUGGUGGACGACCUCGAACGUGCUUUCUUGGCAGACAUCGAAAGUGUUGCACCGACUGACGUUUCCGACAGAGCGAAUCAUUGGGUGAAUUUGCAAGAGGAUCUGAAUUUAGCAUCAAUGGAAAUUCCAGCAGUUCCGUUCGAUGAAUCCGCGAACGCCAAGGAAUUACCUAAGCCCAUUAAAUCGCGGAGUCACGCUACUUAAAGUUCUACGCUUCUUAAUUCGUCCUCAGUACUUUCGAUUCCCGAAUGAAAUGGAAACAAUAGAAAGUUUUAUAACUUCGUUUACUUAUAUUAUCGAAUAUCGUUAAAAUCAUUUAUUUCAAAAAAGUACAGAAAUAUUAAACCAAUGCUAUAUAUAGAGAGAAUUACGAAAUAUUUAUUUUAGGCUUCACUCUCUUAUUUAGCAAAUAUAAGUAAAUAUAUAUUAUCUCAUUCAGUAAAGUGUAUCUAUACGUUUAGAUGCUAAGUUUUCAAAAGAGUAUUUAUCU